AUGGCGGAGCACGUUGAAAGCCUCACGUUCGAGCAUGCGAAAUGGACAGACGUGGCCCUCUCCUCCCCCUCCUCCGCCUCUCCCCCUUUCCUCCUCUCCUCCUCUCCUCCUUCUCCCCCCUCGCCUCCACCCACCUCUCCCGCCCAAAAACUCCAGGAGCGCUGGUCGGUGCUCAAGUGCACCAAGCCUGCUGACGUCAGCAGUCCACUCUUGGGGGUGCGAAAUGCGAAGGAGAACCAAUGCGGCACGUGCGGGAAGAGCGCGCAGACGUGUACCGGUCAUUUCGGGCACAUAGCCUUCGAGAUGCCGCUGUACCACCCGCUGCUGCGCCCUCUGCCCGUCAUUGCGGGCACAUAUUCUUCGAGAUGCCGCCGCUGUACCACCCCAUUUGAGAUGCCGGUGUACCACCCACUGCUGCGCCCUCUGCUCGUCUCCACCCUCAACUCCUUCUGCCUCGCCUGCGGCAAGGGCUGCUCCUCCUCCUCCUCCCUCCGCCACGCAUCCGCCCAAGCUCAGCUGGUCUCUGGCGCUUCCGCAGCAGCGAAAGGGAGAAUGAAUCAAGGAGCAGUGCAGAAGCGACAUCGGGGGACCGAAGGGGAGGAGAGGAAGAUGAAAGGGAGAGUGCGGGAGGGGGGAAAUAAGAAGGGGAAAGGGAAGAGCGACGGCGUUCAGGCAGGAUCAUCAUCAGCAGCAGCAGCAGCAGCAGCAGCAGCAGCAACGGCAGCAGCAGUUGCAGGACAGGAUACAGCAAGAGGCGCUGAAAGGGAGAAGCAGGCAGCAGAGGAAGGAGGUGAAGCAGCUGCAGCAGCAGGGACAGCGGAUGGAGCAGCAGCAGUGGAAGCUAAUGCAGCAGCAGCAGCUGUGGGAGAAGAAAAGGCAGCAGGAGCAGAGGGCGCAGAAGCGUCUUCCCCUGGUAUCUGGGAUCAAGCCACAGAGAGCAGACUGAGUGGGGAGAGGGAGCAGAGCGAGGAGGAGAAAGAGAAGGAGAAGAACGCGGAGGAGGGGGUGGGAGGGAAGAGUGAGGAGGAGGUAGAGAGGGAGAAGGAUGAGGGGGCUGGGCUUGCUGCUGCAAAGGAGAAUGCAGAGCGAGCAGCGGGAGAAGGGGGGGUGGAGGGUGUGGAAGGAGAGGGUGAGGCAGCAGGUGAUGCUGGAAAGAGGGAGAAUGAGGGAAACAAACGGGAAGGGAUGAGAAAUCAUGAGGUGGUGUCGCUUGUGGACUCUGACUCUCAGAGCGAGGGUGAGGAUGAUGAUGAUGGGGAGUUGGACCUUUACAUGUACGAUAACCCAUUCCCUAUGCCAGGUGCUAGGCGAAUGCUGGCAACACUCUCGGAUGACGAUGAUGAUUCUGAUGAUAAGAAUGAUGAUGACGGGGACGACGGUGGUGGUGUUCGGGGGCAGAGGGGGGCGGUAGAUGGGAUGCACAGAGGCAGCGGGCGUGGGAGCGUGAGCGGCAGGAGAGAGGGCAAGGGGAAGGGUGAAGGGAAGUGGAAGGGUGAAAGGAAUGAGAAGGGUCAGUGGAAGGGGAAGGAGAAGGUAGUGGAGGAGGGCGAGAGGGAGUGGGGAGAAUGGGGCAAAGCGGGGCCGGGAAGAAAGGGAAAGGGGGACCCGUUUGAUGAGGACGAGGAGGAGUGGGAGGAGGGGGAGGUGGAGGAGUGGGAAGAGGAGGAGGGAGGCGAGAGGACGGUAGAGGAGGAGGGGGGAGAGGGGGAUGGGGAGGAGGGGGUUCCAGUGGCUGGUCCAAGCAGAGUGCGUUCUGGGAGUGCGAGUGAGGGUCGGGGUCAAUGGGAGGAGGGUCAGCCGGUGGAGGGUCAAUUGGGGCGGGGUCAACCAGGGUGGAGUGAACUGGAGAAAGGUCAACAGGAUAAAGGGAUGCGGGUGGAGGGUUCUCACGCCUCUGACAGUGGGGAUGACGUGGUAGAGGUUUCUCAUGACCCUCGCGGUGGGCCUGGGGGUGAGCCUGGGGGUGAGCCUGGGGGUGAGCCUGGGGGUGAGCCUGUCUCUGGUGGUGAGAGUGUGUCUGCCUCGGGAGGGUGGGGCAGUGGGGGUGGAGGCAUGAGGGGGGGGAGGAGCCCAAAGAAGAGUCCAAAGAAGAGCCCAAAGAAGAGUCCCAGAAAGAGGUUCAAAUCGACAGAGGAGCAGAGGAGGAUAUGGCGGGAGGAUAGGCGGAUGCGCAUGCAACGGGCAAGGGAGGCAGCGCAAGCGAGGGGAGAGGGGGAGGAAAAGAGGGGAGAGGGAGCGGGAGGCGGAAAAGACGCGGGGCAUGGGGGAGGGGAGACGAGCGGAGAGGUGGGGCGGGCAGAAAUGGGGUUUGAAAACUCUGGAGACGUGGGGCGGGCGGGAGCGUAUCGAUACAGCAUGCGACCGAGAGAGGCUCUGCACCGGCCGGCUGUUGUGGUGGAAGAUGAGAGAAGGGCGGCGGAGGGGGGAGGGGAGGAGGGGGGUGGGUCUAGUGAGAGUGAGAGUGAGGAAGAGGAGGAGGCGGGAGGGAAGGAGCAGGAGGAGGCGGGGGAGGAUGAGGAAAAGGAGGAGGAGGAGGAGGAGGAGAGGCGGAUGGAGGAGGAGCAGCAGAGGUUGGAGGUUCAGGCGAGGGAGUUGGAGAGGAGAAGGGUUGGGGAGAGAGGGGUGAAUGGUGGGGCGGAUGGGGAGGCAGGAGAAGAUGGGGAAGAGGAGGGUGAUGAGGAUGGGGGUGGGGGUGAGGAGGGAUGGGAGGAUGCGGGGGAUGCAGCUGCAGCGAGAGAGGCGGAGGAGGAGGAGAGGAGAGAGGAGGGAACAGAGGGAGCAAAGAGGGCAGGAGAGGAGGAAGGAGGGGAGGAGGGAGCAGAGGAGGAAGACGAGGAAGAGGAGGAAGAGGACGAGGAGUUAGAGAGUGACCUGCUCAAGCAUAGCCGGAUGCGGGAGUCUUUGGAGUUUGAGGCGAAAGGGGGAGGUGGGAUUGGCGGGGGAGAUGCUGAGGGUGAGGGUGAGAGAUGGGAGGUGGUGGGGGAGAAGCGGAAAGGGACGGGGGAGGGCGGGAAGGCAGGCAAGUUCAAGAGGAGGCGGGGCGAGAAGGGCCACAGUGCAGAGGGAGCAGUGGAUGGGAGCAAGGAGAGGAGAAAGGGGGAUGUGGAGAAUGAGAAAACGAAGCCCUUGGAGGACGAAUGUGUAUGGUGCCAGUGUCGUUUCUGCGUCGCUCCUGGUACCAAGUGGUGGACGGCUGGGGCAAGGACGGCGGAGCUUCAUGCAACAGCAACACCAGUAGCAGCAGAUGCCUCUCCUUUUACCGCUCUCUCCGCCCAUUUCCUUCCCCUUCUUCCCCCCCCUCCCCCACCCUCCCCCCGCUCCCCCUCACCAGCGUCGCUCCUGGUACCAAGUGGUGGACGGCUGGGGCGUCGCACCUCUCAUGCAUCAGCAUCAGCAGCAGCAGAUGCGACUGCCAACUGCUUUCUCUGGCUGCGCCCAUGCAGGCAGGACAAGCUGCUUCCCUUUGAACACUCUCUCUCCCCUUCCCCGCCUCCCAUCCCUCACCAGCGUCGCUCCUGGUACCAAGUGGUGGACGGCUGGGGCAAGGACGGCGGCACACAUAAAGCAUCAACACCAGCUGCAGCAGAUGCAUCUGCCAACUGCUUUCUCUGGCUGCGGCCGUGCAGGCAGGACAAGCUGCUUCUGGGGCUCUGGGCGCUGCUGGCCCAGGAGGGCCCAAUCCUUCCUUCCUUCACUCCCCUUCCUCUCCCCACCUCCCUUUUACCUCCCCUCCUUUUCCUCCCCUUCUCCCUCCUUGGCCCCCCCUCACCAGCGUCGCUCCUGGUACCAAGUGGUGGACGGCUGGGGCAAGGACGGCGGCUCUCAUGCAACACCAGCAGCAGUAGAUGCAUCUGCCAACUGCUUCCUCUGGCUACGCCCAUGCAGGCAGGACAAGCUGCUUCUGGGGCUGCUAAAAUAGUCCUACAAAAGGCGCUACAUGCCAAUGGGGGCGUGCAGGGAGGGCAGGAGGGUGGCAGCUUGAGAGGCAAUGAGAGAAUAACAGGCGUGGUGGGGGCGGUGGUGGAGGUGGGGGUGGGGCAGGGCGCGUGUGUGCCGCUGGUGAGAGCGCUGCAGGUGUGCCUCGAGUCGGGCAUCGUGGGCGCGUGGCCCGUGCCGCCUCACCACCUGCGGCAUUCUGAGACUGCUGACAAUGAGAAGCAAGAGGUGCCGCUGGUGAGGGCGCUGCAGGUGUGCCUCGAGUCGGCAAUCGUGGGUGCAUGGCCCGUGCCCCCUCACCACCUGCGGCUAUCCGAGAAUGCUGACGACAAAAAACAGGAGGUGUGCCUUGAAUCGGGCAUCGUGGGUGCGUGGCCCGUGCCGCCACACCACCUUCGCCUGUUUGAGAAUGCUGACGACGAGAAGCAGGAGUCUGGCAUCGUGGGUGCAUGGCCCGUGCCGCCUCACAAACGGCGCCUGUCCGAGAAUGCUGACGACGAGAAGCAGGAGGUGAGAAUAACGCUACGGGCGAUGGUGCGAUUGAACGCAGAGAUCGGGGCGCUGGUGCAUGGCAAGGGCAAGCACCGGUGGGGGCAGUUCAAUAGUCCCAUACCCCCUCCUAUCCCAUCCCCAGCAGGACAAUCUGACUAUCUGUCAGAUUACCUGUCUGUACGGCUGAGAGCAAUGGUCCGUUUGAACACAGAGAUUGGGGCUCUGCUGCAUGGCAAGGGCAAGCACCGGCGGGAGAAGUUUGGCGGGGCGGACGGGGAGGGGGAGGGCGGCAUGGCGGUGCGGUUACAUCUGGCGUUCGGCCGGCUGAAGAAGUUGCAGGUGGAGCUGCAGCACUACUUUGUGCGGCCCCCCAACCAGUACCAGGCCAUUGUGCAUGAGGCAGGGCUGGGCAUAGAGCAGCGCUUCAAGGGCCACAGCACCUCCUCCUCUGCUCGCUCAAAGGGAUUCAUUCGCGAUGCCAUCCUCGGCAAGCGCUCCGACUCCUCUGCCCGCGCCGUCAUCGCACCGGACCCCUCCCUCGCCCUGCACGAGAUCGGUGUCCCUGACUCCAUCGCCGCUGGUCUCUUCGUUCAGGAGCCCGUGUCUCACCUCAACAUCGACUACCUGCAAGCCUGUGUGGAUGCAGGCCCAUGCCCGCUGCCUCUGCCACCACCUCUGGACACCGGAGGAGGGGAAGGUGACGCCUGUGGUGGUGGCGGUGGUUCUGCUGAUGGCGGUGCUGCAGAUGCAGGCUGGGGUGGUGGUGCUGCUGCUGGCGCAGGUUGGGGUGGUGCUGGUGGUGGUGCAAGCUGGGGUGCUGCUGGGGGUGGAGAUGGGAAUGUGCCUGCUGCAACUAAUUCUGGUGGGUGGGGUGCUGCUGCUGCUGCUGCUGCUGCUGAUGAUGGUGCAGGCUGGGGUGCUGCUGCUGCUGCUGAUGCUCAUGCAGGCUGGGGUGCUGGUGGUGGUGAUGGUGCGGCUGGUGGGGGUGGGUGGGGUGCUGAUGCUUCUGCUGGUGAGCGUGAGGGUGGUGCAUGGGGCACGGAUGCUGUUGCUGCUGCUGGUGCGAGGGGUGGUGAUGCUGCUGCAGGUGCUGCUGGUGGGAGUGGGUGGGGGGCUGAUGCCUCUGCUGGUGGGGCUGAUGGGGGUGUAUGGGGCACGAAUGCUGCUGAUGAUGGAAGGGGUGGUGGUGCAGCUGUUGCUGCUGGUACUGGUGGGAAUGGGUGGGGUGCUGAGGUUGCUGCUGAGGAGAAAGGGGAGGAGAAGAAAGAAGGGGGAGCCACAGCACCUGAUACAGCCAUACCUCCUGCACCGUCCCCUUCGUCUGAUCGCCGCCCUCCCCGCCCACCCAACCACGUCCUGCCACCUGUCGGCGCGUUCAGCGUUCUCAUUGGCUCUGAUCCUGCUGGAGGAGCGAUUGGAGGAAUCACAGGAGGAGCAUCGGCCAAUGGCGGCACGCCAGAGUGGACCAAGGUGACUCUGAGCCGAUGGGUGGAUCGUGGCUUGAGCCUGCAGGUGGGAACUGGGCCAGGCUCAGGUGCACCUGGAUCAGGUCUACCUACCCCAGGCGCACCUUCUGCAUCAGAGCGUGCAUCUGCUGCCCUUGCAGCAUAUGUGAGGUCUGCCCUGCUUGCGGGCAUUGCCCCCACUGCCCCUGCUGCUGGUGCUGGUGCUGGUGCUGCUGGUGCUGGUGCUGGUGGUGAUGGUGGUGAUGGAUUUGGUGGUGGUGGUGUGGAUGGUGGAGGGGGGAGGAUGGUGGGGAUGACGGUGCUGCGCCACGUGGCAGAUGGAGAUUGGCUGCUGCUCAACCGCACGCCCUCGCUGCACAAGCAGAACCUCAUGGCCUUCCGUGUGCGCCGCGUGCCCGCUGCUGUCUCCGCCAACGCGCUCCUGCUCAACCCCCAGGUGUGUGCAGCAAUCGCGGGUGAUUUCGAUGGGGAUGAAGUGAAGGUGUGUGCAGCGAUCGCGGGUGGUUUCGAUGGAGAUGAAGUGAAUGUGUUCACGGUGCAGCAGAGCGCCGUGGCAGCAGAAGCAGCAGAGCUCAUGCCCCUUGCCCUGCACGCCUGGGAGGGGAUGGGGAUGGUGACUGGGGGAGCGGGAAAGGGGGAUGGCUGGGAUUGGAGAAGCAGGCGGGGAAGGAAGGGGGGAAGAGAGGGGAGAGGAGGAGGGGGAGGGGGAGGGGAAGGUGAGGGAGGCGGAGGGGUGAUUGCUGUUGUGGAUGAUGAGGAGUGGGGGAGGGGAGUGGGGAAGGCGCCGGCGCGGGGAGAGCAAGAAGGUAAAGCAGCAGCAGCAGCAGCAGCAGCAGCAGCAGCAGCAGCAGCAGGUGAAGAAGCAGCGGCAGGAGCAGCAACAAGAAAUCCCUAUUUUCCCCUCCCUCCGCCAGCCAUUCUCAAGUACCCUCACCCAGGCAGCAACAACAGCAGCAACAGCAACAAUAACAGCCAGAGCCACCAUCCACCUCCCCCUGCGCCUCCUCUCUGGACGUCUCUCCAACUCCUCUCCACCGUCAUCCCGCCCUCCCUCUGCUUCCAGCACCGCCAGUGCGGCGUGCGGGUGCAUCAAGGGGAGGUGGUGUUCGUGAACGAGCAUGGGCGCAUGGGGGUGGGGAAGGGUGCGAGGAGGCGUGGGGGAGAGUGGGGGUUGAGGGUGGUGAUGGAGGAGGAGGAGGAAGGGGAGGAGGAAGGGGAGGAGGAAGGGGAGGAGGACAGGGAGAGGGAAGGAAGUGGUAACGAGGGGGAAAGCGAGGGUAAGAAAGAGGAGGAGGUGGAGGUGGGGGAUGAGUCGCGGUGGCUGAGGGGCGGCAGCGACGGCUUGCUGGCAGCCAUCUGGCAGCACCAACCGCCAAUGGCGGCGCGCCACUUGACGGGCGUGCAGGCUCUGGCAGUGAGCUACCUGUCGUCAAUCGCUGGCUUCAGUGCCGGCCUCUCUGACUUCUGUGGUCUGCCUGCUGCUGCUGCUGUUGCUGCUGCUGCUGCUGCUGCUGCUGCUGCUGCUGCUAGUGCCUCCCGUGACCUGCCUGCCAGUGACACCAGUAACCUGCCUAGCACUGAUCGCAGUGCGAGCAAACUGCACUCCUCUCCCUCUCCCCAGCCCUCCACAUCCCACCCUCCGCCUGCUUGUCCUCCCCCUGCUCCGUCUCUCUUCUCACGUGCCUCGCCCUUGUUCCCGCGGGGCAACGCGGUGAGGGAGAUGGUGGGGGCGGGCAGCAAGGGCUCGCCCAAGGUGAUUGCCCAGCAGGUGCAGCCGCAACACACAGAGAUGUCCCACUGCCCGACCCACUCCCUGCCACACUCUCCUCAUGUCCUCGAUCCGAUUCAGCUGAAACUCUUCGCUCCAAAAUCGUUACACAAGAAAGACCCUGCCAGCUCUAUCCCUCUGAAGGCACCACCUGCUGCUCCUCAUGCCCCUGCUGACCCCCCUGCUGCUGCUCAUACCCCUGCUGAUCCCCUUGCUCCUGCUCAUGCCCCUGCUGUUCCUCCUGCUCCUGCGCAUACCCCUUCUCCCGCUCGUGCCCCUUUCCGAUGCUUGGGGCUAGGCUCGGCCCGAGGCUCCCUCCUGACGGGGCUUUCGGCUCGGGAGCUCUUCCGGGCCGCAGCUUCGGCCAGGCCUGCUCUGGUUGCCGAGGCUACGAGCGUGGCUCGGCCGGGUGAGCUUUCCAGGAAGCUGAGGGAAACGCUUAGGGAUAUCGUGGUGGGGUAUGAUGGGUCUGCAAGAAUUGGAGGAGGAGUGGGGGGGAGAGGGGGAGGAGGGAAGGGAGGGAUGGUGGUGCAACUGUCGUAUGGGCGGCUGGGGGUGGAGGAGAGGGGAGAGGACGGGGAAGGGGGCGAGGAGAGGGAGGAGGAAAGGCGGGGAGGUAAAUCUGGGAAAGGAAAGAGUGGGAGAGACAAGGGGAAGGGGAAGAACAAGGUGGGCGAGAAGGACAAGGUGGGCGAGAAGGGAAAGGAGAAGGGAAAGGAGAAGGGAAAGGAGAAGGGAAAGGAGAAGGGAAAGGAGAAGAUGGAAGUGAAGAAGGGAGGUGGGAGGAGGGAGGUGGGGGAGCAGGGGGGUGCGUGGGCGGAGGCAGGGGAUGCAGUGGGGAUGGCAGCAGCGCAAGCAGUGUCUGCUCCAGCCACACAGAUGGUGCUGAACGUGGGGCAUGACGGCGUGCACGGUGGCGCCUCGUCCCUCAUUGCCCGCCUGGAGCGCCUUCUCUACGCGACCGACUCCUCUACGACAGUCCUGCUGCGCUUCCUCCCUGCUCAUGCCACUACUCCUGCCACCGACCACACAUCCGCUUCUGCAAACCCAGCUGCUGCUACCACUGCUGCAGCAGCUGCAGCGGCGGACUGUCGGUUGGUGCUGGCAACGCAGGGUCGGCUGCUGCCUCUGCGCGUACCGGAGGAGGGAGCUGAGGCGGACGCGGUAGCCAAGGCAUUCGCUUGCCUGCCAGCAUCUCGCUUCCCCGAUCCUCCUGCCGCUUUUGAGUCGACUCAAAUCCUCCCUCCCUCCCCUCUCCCUCCCUUCCUCCCACAGGACGCGGUAGCCAAGGCAUUCGCUUGCCUGCCAGCAUCUCGCUUCCCCGAUCCUCCUGCCGCUUUUGAGUCGACUCAAAUCCUCCCUCCCUCCCCUCUCCCUCCCUUCCUCCCACAGGACGCGGUAGCCAAGGCAUUCGCUUGCCUGCCAGCAUCUCGCUUCCCCGAUCCUCCUGCCGCUUUUGAGUCGACUCAAAUCCUCCCUCCCUCCCCUCUCCCUCCCUUCCUCCCACAGGACGCGGUAGCCAAGGCAUUCGCUUGCCUGCCAGCAUCUCGCUUCCCCGAUCCUCCUGCCGCUUUUGAGUCGACUCAAAUCCUCCCUCCCUCCCCUCUCCCUCCCUUCCUCCCACAGGACGCGGUAGCCAAGGCAUUCGCUUGCCUGCCAGCAUCUCGCUUCCCCGAUCCUCCUGCCGCUUUUGAGUCGACUCAAAUCCUCCCUCCCUCCCCUCUCCCUCCCUUCCUCCCACAGGACGCGGACGCAUUAGCCAAGGCAUUCGCUUGCCUGCCAGCAUCUCGCUUCCCCGAUCCUCCUGCCGCUUUUGAGUCGACUCAAAUCCUCCCUCCCUCCCCUCUCCCUCCCUUCCUCCCACAGGACGCGGUAGCCAAGGCAUUCGCUUGCCUGCCAGCAUCUCGCUUCCCCGAUCCUCCUGCCGCUUUUGAGUCGACUCAAAUCCUCCCUCCCUCCCCUCUCCCUCCCUUCCUCCCACAGGACGCAUUAGCCAAGGCAUUCGCUUGCCUGCCAGCAUCUCGCUUCCCCGAUCCUCCUGCCGCUUUUGAGUCGACUCAAAUCCUCCCUCCCUCCCCUCUCCCUCCCUUCCUCCCACAGGACGCAUUAGCCAAGGCAUUCGCUUGCCUGCCAGCAUCUCGCUUCCCCGAUCCUCCUGCCGCUUUUGAGUCGACUCAAAUCCUCCCUCCCUCCCCUCUCCCUCCCUUCCUCCCACAGGACGCGGUAGCCAAGGCAUUCGCUUGCCUGCCAGCAUCUCGCUUCCCCGAUCCUCCUGCCGCUUUUGAGUCGACUCAAAUCCUCCCUCCCUCCCCUCUCCCUCCCUUCCUCCCACAGGACGCAUUAGCCAAGGCAUUCGCUUGCCUGCCAGCAUCUCGCUUCCCCGAUCCUCCUGCCGCUUUUGAGUCGACUCAAAUCCUCCCUCCCUCCCCUCUCCCUCCCUUCCUCCCACAGGACGCGGUAGCCAAGGCAUUCGCUUGCCUGCCAGCAUCUCGCUUCCCCGAUCCUCCUGCCGCUUUUGAGUCGACUCAAAUCCUCCCUCCCUCCCCUCUCCCUCCCUUCCUCCCACAGGACGCGGUAGCCAAGGCAUUCGCUUGCCUGCCAGCAUCUCGCUUCCCCGAUCCUCCUGCCGCUUUUGAGUCGACUCAAAUCCUCCCUCCCUCCCCUCUCCCUCCCUUCCUCCCACAGGACGCGGACGCGGUAGCCAAGGCAUUCGCUUGCCUGCCAGCAUCUCGCUUCCCCGAUCCUCCUGCCGCUUUUGAGUCGACUCAAAUCCUCCCUCCCUCCCCUCUCCCUCCCUUCCUCCCACAGGACGCAUUAGCCAAGGCAUUCGCUUGCCUGCCAGCAUCUCGCUUCCCCGAUCCUCCUGCCGCUUUUGAGUCGACUCAAAUCCUCCCUCCCUCCCCUCUCCCUCCCUUCCUCCCACAGGACGCAUUAGCCAAGGCAUUCGCUUGCCUGCCAGCAUCUCGCUUCCCCGAUCCUCCUGCCGCUUUUGAGUCGACCUCAAAUCCUCCCUCCCUCCCCUCUCCCUCCCUUCCUCCCACAGGACGCGCCAAGGCAUUCGCUUGCCUGCCAGCAUCUCGCUUCCCCGAUCCUCCUGCCGCUUUUGAGUCGACUCAAAUCCUCCCUCCCUCCCCUCUCCCUCCCUUCCUCCCACAGGACGCAUUAGCCAAGGCAUUCGCUUGCCUGCCAGCAUCUCGCUUCCCCGAUCCUCCUGCCGCUUUUGAGUCGACUCAAAUCCUCCCUCCCUCCCCUCUCCCUCCCUUCCUCCCACAGGACGCAUUAGCCAAGGCAUUCGCUUGCCUGCCAGCAUCUCGCUUCCCCGAUCCUCCUGCCGCUUUUGAGUCGACUCAAAUCCUCCCUCCCUCCCCUCUCCCUCCCUUCCUCCCACAGGACGCGGUAGCCAAGGCAUUCGCUUGCCUGCCAGCAUCUCGCUUCCCCGAUCCUCCUGCCGCUUUUGAGUCGACUCAAAUCCUCCCUCCCUCCCCUCUCCCUCCCUUCCUCCCACAGGACGCAUUAGCCAAGGCAUUCGCUUGCCUGCCAGCAUCUCGCUUCCCCGAUCCUCCUGCCGCUUUUGAGUCGACUCAAAUCCUCCCUCCCUCCCCUCUCCCUCCCUUCCUCCCACAGGACGCGGUAGCCAAGGCAUUCGCUUGCCUGCCAGCAUCUCGCUUCCCCGAUCCUCCUGCCGCUUUUGAGUCGACUCAAAUCCUCCCUCCCUCCCCUCUCCCUCCCUUCCUCCCACAGGACGCGGACGCGGUAGCCAAGGCAUUCGCUUGCCUGCCAGCAUCUCGCUUCCCCGAUCCUCCUGCCGCUUUUGAGUCGACUCAAAUCCUCCCUCCCUCCCCUCUCCCUCCCUUCCUCCCACAGGACGCGGUAGCCAAGGCAUUCGCUUGCCUGCCAGCAUCUCGCUUCCCCGAUCCUCCUGCCGCUUUUGAGUCGACUCAAAUCCUCCCUCCCUCCCCUCUCCCUCCCUUCCUCCCACAGGACGCAUUAGCCAAGGCAUUCGCUUGCCUGCCAGCAUCUCGCUUCCCCGAUCCUCCUGCCGCUUUUGAGUCGACUCAAAUCCUCCCUCCCUCCCCUCUCCCUCCCUUCCUCCCACAGGACGCAUUAGCCAAGGCAUUCGCUUGCCUGCCAGCAUCUCGCUUCCCCGAUCCUCCUGCCGCUUUUGAGUCGACUCAAAUCCUCCCUCCCUCCCCUCUCCCUCCCUUCCUCCCACAGGACGCGGUAGCCAAGGCAUUCGCUUGCCUGCCAGCAUCUCGCUUCCCCGAUCCUCCUGCCGCUUUUGAGUCGACUCAAAUCCUCCCUCCCUCCCCUCUCCCUCCCUUCCUCCCACAGGACGCAUUAGCCAAGGCAUUCGCUUGCCUGCCAGCAUCUCGCUUCCCCGAUCCUCCUGCCGCUUUUGAGUCGACUCAAAUCCUCCCUCCCUCCCCUCUCCCUCCCUUCCUCCCACAGGACGCGGUAGCCAAGGCAUUCGCUUGCCUGCCAGCAUCUCGCUUCCCCGAUCCUCCUGCCGCUUUUGAGUCGACUCAAAUCCUCCCUCCCUCCCCUCUCCCUCCCUUCCUCCCACAGGACGCGGUAGCCAAGGCAUUCGCUUGCCUGCCAGCAUCUCGCUUCCCCGAUCCUCCUGCCGCUUUUGAGUCGACUCAAAUCCUCCCUCCCUCCCCUCUCCCUCCCUUCCUCCCACAGGACGCAUUAGCCAAGGCAUUCGCUUGCCUGCCAGCAUCUCGCUUCCCCGAUCCUCCUGCCGCUUUUGAGUCGACUCAAAUCCUCCCUCCCUCCCCUCUCCCUCCCUUCCUCCCACAGGACGCGGUAGCCAAGGCAUUCGCUUGCCUGCCAGCAUCUCGCUUCCCCGAUCCUCCUGCCGCUUUUGAGUCGACUCAAAUCCUCCCUCCCUCCCCUCUCCCUCCCUUCCUCCCACAGGACGCAUUAGCCAAGGCAUUCGCUUGCCUGCCAGCAUCUCGCUUCCCCGAUCCUCCUGCCGCUUUUGAGUCGACUCAAAUCCUCCCUCCCUCCCCUCUCCCUCCCUUCCUCCCACAGGACGCAUUAGCCAAGGCAUUCGCUUGCCUGCCAGCAUCUCGCUUCCCCGAUCCUCCUGCCGCUUUUGAGUCGACUCAAAUCCUCCCUCCCUCCCCUCUCCCUCCCUUCCUCCCACAGGACGCGGUAGCCAAGGCAUUCGCUUGCCUGCCAGCAUCUCGCUUCCCCGAUCCUCCUGCCGCUUUUGAGUCGACUCAAAUCCUCCCUCCCUCCCCUCUCCCUCCCUUCCUCCCACAGGACGCGGUAGCCAAGGCAUUCGCUUGCCUGCCAGCAUCUCGCUUCCCCGAUCCUCCUGCCGCUUUUGAGUCGACUCAAAUCCUCCCUCCCUCCCCUCUCCCUCCCUUCCUCCCACAGGACGCGGUAGCCAAGGCAUUCGCUUGCCUGCCAGCAUCUCGCUUCCCCGAUCCUCCUGCCGCUUUUGAGUCGACUCAAAUCCUCCCUCCCUCCCCUCUCCCUCCCUUCCUCCCACAGGACGCAUUAGCCAAGGCAUUCGCUUGCCUGCCAGCAUCUCGCUUCCCCGAUCCUCCUGCCGCUUUUGAGUCGACUCAAAUCCUCCCUCCCUCCCCUCUCCCUCCCUUCCUCCCACAGGACGCGGUAGCCAAGGCAUUCGCUUGCCUGCCAGCAUCUCGCUUCCCCGAUCCUCCUGCCGCUUUUGAGUCGACUCAAAUCCUCCCUCCCUCCCCUCUCCCUCCCUUCCUCCCACAGGACGCAUUAGCCAAGGCAUUCGCUUGCCUGCCAGCAUCUCGCUUCCCCGAUCCUCCUGCCGCUUUUGAGUCGACUCAAAUCCUCCCUCCCUCCCCUCUCCCUCCCUUCCUCCCACAGGACGCAUUAGCCAAGGCAUUCGCUUGCCUGCCAGCAUCUCGCUUCCCCGAUCCUCCUGCCGCUUUUGAGUCGACUCAAAUCCUCCCUCCCUCCCCUCUCCCUCCCUUCCUCCCACAGGACGCGGUAGCCAAGGCAUUCGCUUGCCUGCCAGCAUCUCGCUUCCCCGAUCCUCCUGCCGCUUUUGAGUCGACUCAAAUCCUCCCUCCCUCCCCUCUCCCUCCCUUCCUCCCACAGGACGCGGUAGCCAAGGCAUUCGCUUGCCUGCCAGCAUCUCGCUUCCCCGAUCCUCCUGCCGCUUUUGAGUCGACUCAAAUCCUCCCUCCCUCCCCUCUCCCUCCCUUCCUCCCACAGGACGCAUUAGCCAAGGCAUUCGCUUGCCUGCCAGCAUCUCGCUUCCCCGAUCCUCCUGCCGCUUUUGAGUCGACUCAAAUCCUCCCUCCCUCCCCUCUCCCUCCCUUCCUCCCACAGGACGCAUUAGCCAAGGCAUUCGCUUGCCUGCCAGCAUCUCGCUUCCCCGAUCCUCCUGCCGCUUUUGAGUCGACUCAAAUCCUCCCUCCCUCCCCUCUCCCUCCCUUCCUCCCACAGGACGCGGUAGCCAAGGCAUUCGCUUGCCUGCCAGCAUCUCGCUUCCCCGAUCCUCCUGCCGCUUUUGAGUCGACUCAAAUCCUCCCUCCCUCCCCUCUCCCUCCCUUCCUCCCACAGGACGCAUUAGCCAAGGCAUUCGCUUGCCUGCCAGCAUCUCGCUUCCCCGAUCCUCCUGCCGCUUUUGAGUCGACUCAAAUCCUCCCUCCCUCCCCUCUCCCUCCCUUCCUCCCACAGGACGCGGUAGCCAAGGCAUUCGCUUGCCUGCCAGCAUCUCGCUUCCCCGAUCCUCCUGCCGCUUUUGAGUCGACUCAAAUCCUCCCUCCCUCCCCUCUCCCUCCCUUCCUCCCACAGGACGCAUUAGCCAAGGCAUUCGCUUGCCUGCCAGCAUCUCGCUUCCCCGAUCCUCCUGCCGCUUUUGAGUCGACUCAAAUCCUCCCUCCCUCCCCUCUCCCUCCCUUCCUCCCACAGGACGCAUUAGCCAAGGCAUUCGCUUGCCUGCCAGCAUCUCGCUUCCCCGAUCCUCCUGCCGCUUUUGAGUCGACUCAAAUCCUCCCUCCCUCCCCUCUCCCUCCCUUCCUCCCACAGGACGCAUUAGCCAAGGCAUUCGCUUGCCUGCCAGCAUCUCGCUUCCCCGAUCCUCCUGCCGCUUUUGAGUCGACUCAAAUCCUCCCUCCCUCCCCUCUCCCUCCCUUCCUCCCACAGGACGCAUUAGCCAAGGCAUUCGCUUGCCUGCCAGCAUCUCGCUUCCCCGAUCCUCCUGCCGCUUUUGAGUCGACUCAAAUCCUCCCUCCCUCCCCUCUCCCUCCCUUCCUCACCACAGGACGCGCCAAGGCAUUCGCUUGCCUGCCAGCAUCUCGCUUCCCCGAUCCUCCUGCCGCUUUUGAGUCGACUCAAAUCCUCCCUCCCUCCCCUCUCCCUCCCUUCCUCCCACAGGACGCAUUAGCCAAGGCAUUCGCUUGCCUGCCAGCAUCUCGCUUCCCCGAUCCUCCUGCCGCUUUUGAGUCGACUCAAAUCCUCCCUCCCUCCCCUCUCCCUCCCUUCCUCCCACAGGACGCGGUAGCCAAGGCAUUCGCUUGCCUGCCAGCAUCUCGCUUCCCCGAUCCUCCUGCCGCUUUUGAGUCGACUCAAAUCCUCCCUCCCUCCCCUCUCCCUCCCUUCCUCCCACAGGACGCGGUAGCCAAGGCAUUCGCUUGCCUGCCAGCAUCUCGCUUCCCCGAUCCUCCUGCCGCUUUUGAGUCGACUCAAAUCCUCCCUCCCUCCCCUCUCCCUCCCUUCCUCCCACAGGACGCAUUAGCCAAGGCAUUCGCUUGCCUGCCAGCAUCUCGCUUCCCCGAUCCUCCUGCCGCUUUUGAGUCGACUCAAAUCCUCCCUCCCUCCCCUCUCCCUCCCUUCCUCCCACAGGACGCAUUAGCCAAGGCAUUCGCUUGCCUGCCAGCAUCUCGCUUCCCCGAUCCUCCUGCCGCUUUUGAGUCGACUCAAAUCCUCCCUCCCUCCCCUCUCCCUCCCUUCCUCCCACAGGACGCAUUAGCCAAGGCAUUCGCUUGCCUGCCAGCAUCUCGCUUCCCCGAUCCUCCUGCCGCUUUUGAGUCGACUCAAAUCCUCCCUCCCUCCCCUCUCCCUCCCUUCCUCACCACAGGACGCGCCAAGGCAUUCGCUUGCCUGCCAGCAUCUCGCUUCCCCGAUCCUCCUGCCGCUUUUGAGUCGACUCAAAUCCUCCCUCCCUCCCCUCUCCCUCCCUUCCUCCCACAGGACGCAUUAGCCAAGGCAUUCGCUUGCCUGCCAGCAUCUCGCUUCCCCGAUCCUCCUGCCGCUUUUGAGUCGACUCAAAUCCUCCCUCCCUCCCCUCUCCCUCCCUUCCUCCCACAGGACGCGGUAGCCAAGGCAUUCGCUUGCCUGCCAGCAUCUCGCUUCCCCGAUCCUCCUGCCGCUUUUGAGUCGACUCAAAUCCUCCCUCCCUCCCCUCUCCCUCCCUUCCUCCCACAGGACGCGGUAGCCAAGGCAUUCGCUUGCCUGCCAGCAUCUCGCUUCCCCGAUCCUCCUGCCGCUUUUGAGUCGACUCAAAUCCUCCCUCCCUCCCCUCUCCCUCCCUUCCUCCCACAGGACGCGGUAGCCAAGGCAUUCGCUUGCCUGCCAGCAUCUCGCUUCCCCGAUCCUCCUGCCGCUUUUGAGUCGACUCAAAUCCUCCCUCCCUCCCCUCUCCCUCCCUUCCUCCCACAGGACGCGGUAGCCAAGGCAUUCGCUUGCCUGCCAGCAUCUCGCUUCCCCGAUCCUCCUGCCGCUUUUGAGUCGACUCAAAUCCUCCCUCCCUCCCCUCUCCCUCCCUUCCUCCCACAGGACGCGGUAGCCAAGGCAUUCGCUUGCCUGCCAGCAUCUCGCUUCCCCGAUCCUCCUGCCGCUUUUGAGUCGACUCAAAUCCUCCCUCCCUCCCCUCUCCCUCCCUUCCUCCCACAGGACGCAUUAGCCAAGGCAUUCGCUUGCCUGCCAGCAUCUCGCUUCCCCGAUCCUCCUGCCGCUUUUGAGUCGACUCAAAUCCUCCCUCCCUCCCCUCUCCCUCCCUUCCUCCCACAGGACGCAUUAGCCAAGGCAUUCGCUUGCCUGCCAGCAUCUCGCUUCCCCGAUCCUCCUGCCGCUUUUGAGUCGACUCAAAUCCUCCCUCCCUCCCCUCUCCCUCCCUUCCUCCCACAGGACGCAUUAGCCAAGGCAUUCGCUUGCCUGCCAGCAUCUCGCUUCCCCGAUCCUCCUGCCGCUUUUGAGUCGACUCAAAUCCUCCCUCCCUCCCCUCUCCCUCCCUUCCUCCCACAGGACGCAUUAGCCAAGGCAUUCGCUUGCCUGCCAGCAUCUCGCUUCCCCGAUCCUCCUGCCGCUUUUGAGUCGACUCAAAUCCUCCCUCCCUCCCCUCUCCCUCCCUUCCUCCCACAGGACGCAUUAGCCAAGGCAUUCGCUUGCCUGCCAGCAUCUCGCUUCCCCGAUCCUCCUGCCGCUUUUGAGUCGACUCAAAUCCUCCCUCCCUCCCCUCUCCCUCCCUUCCUCCCACAGGACGCAUUAGCCAAGGCAUUCGCUUGCCUGCCAGCAUCUCGCUUCCCCGAUCCUCCUGCCGCUUUUGAGUCGACUCAAAUCCUCCCUCCCUCCCCUCUCCCUCCCUUCCUCACCACAGGACGCGCCAAGGCAUUCGCUUGCCUGCCAGCAUCUCGCUUCCCCGAUCCUCCUGCCGCUUUUGAGUCGACUCAAAUCCUCCCUCCCUCCCCUCUCCCUCCCUUCCUCCCACAGGACGCAUUAGCCAAGGCAUUCGCUUGCCUGCCAGCAUCUCGCUUCCCCGAUCCUCCUGCCGCUUUUGAGUCGACUCAAAUCCUCCCUCCCUCCCCUCUCCCUCCCUUCCUCCCACAGGACGCGGUAGCCAAGGCAUUCGCUUGCCUGCCAGCAUCUCGCUUCCCCGAUCCUCCUGCCGCUUUUGAGUCGACUCAAAUCCUCCCUCCCUCCCCUCUCCCUCCCUUCCUCCCACAGGACGCAUUAGCCAAGGCAUUCGCAUGCCUGCCAGCAUCUCGCUUCCCCGAUCCUCCUGCCGCUUUUGAGUCGACUCAAAUCCUCCCUCCCUCCCCUCUCCCUCCCUUCCUCCCACAGGACGCAUUAGCCAAGGCAUUCGCUUGCCUGCCAGCAUCUCGCUUCCCCGAUCCUCCUGCCGCUUUUGAGUCGACUCAAAUCCUCCCUCCCUCCCCUCUCCCUCCCUUCCUCCCACAGGACGCAUUAGCCAAGGCAUUCGCUUGCCUGCCAGCAUCUCGCUUCCCCGAUCCUCCUGCCGCUUUUGAGCAUUCGCAUUGCCUGCCAGCAUCUCGCUUCCCCGAUCCUCCUGCCGCUUUUGAGUCGACUCAAAUCCUCCCUCCCUCCCCUCUCCCUCCCUUCCUCCCACAGGACGCAUUAGCCAAGGCAUUCGCUUGCCUGCCAGCAUCUCGCUUCCCCGAUCCUCCUGCCGCUUUUGAGUCGACUCAAAUCCUCCCUCCCUCCCCUCUCCCUCCCUUCCUCCCACAGGACGCAUUAGCCAAGGCAUUCGCUUGCCUGCCAGCAUCUCGCUUCCCCGAUCCUCCUGCCGCUUUUGAGUCGACUCAAAUCCUCCCUCCCUCCCCUCUCCCUCCCUUCCUCACCACAGGACGCGCGAAGGCAUUCGCUUGCCUGCCAGCAUCUCGCUUCCCCGAUCCUCCUGCCGCUUUUGAGUCGACUCAAAUCCUCCCUCCCUCCCCUCUCCCUCCCUUCCUCCCACAGGACGCAUUAGCCAAGGCAUUCGCUUGCCUGCCAGCAUCUCGCUUCCCCGAUCCUCCUGCCGCUUUUGAGUCGACUCAAAUCCUCCCUCCCUCCCCUCUCCCUCCCUUCCUCCCACAGGACGCAUUAGCCAAGGCAUUCGCUUGCCUGCCAGCAUCUCGCUUCCCCGAUCCUCCUGCCGCUUUUGAGUCGACUCAAAUCCUCCCUCCCUCCCCUCUCCCUCCCUUCCUCACCACAGGACGCGCCAAGGCAUUCGCUUGCCUGCCAGCAUCUCGCUUCCCCGAUCCUCCUGCCGCUUUUGAGUCGACUCAAAUCCUCCCUCCCUCCCCUCUCCCUCCCUUCCUCCCACAGGACGCAUUAGCCAAGGCAUUCGCUUGCCUGCCAGCAUCUCGCUUCCCCGAUCCUCCUGCCGCUUUUGAGUCGACUCAAAUCCUCCCUCCCUCCCCUCUCCCUCCCUUCCUCCCACAGGACGCGGUAGCCAAGGCAUUCGCUUGCCUGCCAGCAUCUCGCUUCCCCGAUCCUCCUGCCGCUUUUGAGUCGACUCAAAUCCUCCCUCCCUCCCCUCUCCCUCCCUUCCUCCCACAGGACGCAUUAGCCAAGGCAUUCGCUUGCCUGCCAGCAUCUCGCUUCCCCGAUCCUCCUGCCGCUUUUGAGUCGACUCAAAUCCUCCCUCCCUCCCCUCUCCCUCCCUUCCUCCCACAGGACGCGGUAGCCAAGGCAUUCGCUUGCCUGCCAGCAUCUCGCUUCCCCGAUCCUCCUGCCGCUUUUGAGUCGACUCAAAUCCUCCCUCCCUCCCCUCUCCCUCCCUUCCUCCCACAGGACGCAUUAGCCAAGGCAUUCGCUUGCCUGCCAGCAUCUCGCUUCCCCGAUCCUCCUGCCGCUUUUGAGUCGACUCAAAUCCUCCCUCCCUCCCCUCUCCCUCCCUUCCUCCCACAGGACGCGGUAGCCAAGGCAUUCGCUUGCCUGCCAGCAUCUCGCUUCCCCGAUCCUCCUGCCGCUUUUGAGUCGACUCAAAUCCUCCCUCCCUCCCCUCUCCCUCCCUUCCUCCCACAGGACGCAUUAGCCAAGGCAUUCGCUUGCCUGCCAGCAUCUCGCUUCCCCGAUCCUCCUGCCGCUUUUGAGUCGACUCAAAUCCUCCCUCCCUCCCCUCUCCCUCCCUUCCUCCCACAGGACGCAUUAGCCAAGGCAUUCGCUUGCCUGCCAGCAUCUCGCUUCCCCGAUCCUCCUGCCGCUUUUGAGUCGACUCAAAUCCUCCCUCCCUCCCCUCUCCCUCCCUUCCUCCCACAGGACGCAUUAGCCAAGGCAUUCGCUUGCCUGCCAGCAUCUCGCUUCCCCGAUCCUCCUGCCGCUUUUGAGUCGACUCAAAUCCUCCCUCCCUCCCCUCUCCCUCCCUUCCUCCCACAGGACGCGGUAGCCAAGGCAUUCGCUUGCCUGCCAGCAUCUCGCUUCCCCGAUCCUCCUGCCGCUUUUGAGUCGACUCAAAUCCUCCCUCCCUCCCCUCUCCCUCCCUUCCUCCCACAGGACGCAUUAGCCAAGGCAUUCGCUUGCCUGCCAGCAUCUCGCUUCCCCGAUCCUCCUGCCGCUUUUGAGUCGACUCAAAUCCUCCCUCCCUCCCCUCUCCCUCCCUUCCUCCCACAGGACGCAUUAGCCAAGGCAUUCGCUUGCCUGCCAGCAUCUCGCUUCCCCGAUCCUCCUGCCGCUUUUGAGUCGACUCAAAUCCUCCCUCCCUCCCCUCUCCCUCCCUUCCUCCCACAGGACGCAUUAGCCAAGGCAUUCGCUUGCCUGCCAGCAUCUCGCUUCCCCGAUCCUCCUGCCGCUUUUGAGUCGACUCAAAUCCUCCCUCCCUCCCCUCUCCCUCCCUUCCUCCCACAGGACGCAUUAGCCAAGGCAUUCGCUUGCCUGCCAGCAUCUCGCUUCCCCGAUCCUCCUGCCGCUUUUGAGUCGACUCAAAUCCUCCCUCCCUCCCCUCUCCCUCCCUUCCUCCCACAGGACGCAUUAGCCAAGGCAUUCGCUUGCCUGCCAGCAUCUCGCUUCCCCGAUCCUCCUGCCGCUUUUGAGUCGACUCAAAUCCUCCCUCCCUCCCCUCUCCCUCCCUUCCUCCCACAGGACGCAUUAGCCAAGGCAUUCGCAUGCCUGCCAGCAUCUCGCUUCCCCGAUCCUCCUGCCGCUUUUGAGUCGACUCAAAUCCUCCCUCCCUCCCCUCUCCCUCCCUUCCUCCCACAGGACGCAUUAGCCAAGGCAUUCGCUUGCCUGCCAGCAUCUCGCUUCCCCGAUCCUCCUGCCGCUUUUGAGUCGACUCAAAUCCUCCCUCCCUCCCCUCUCCCUCCCUUCCUCCCACAGGACGCAUUAGCCAAGGCAUUCGCUUGCCUGCCAGCAUCUCGCUUCCCCGAUCCUCCUGCCGCUUUUGAGUCGACUCAAAUCCUCCCUCCCUCCCCUCUCCCUCCCUUCCUCCCACAGGACGCAUUAGCCAAGGCAUUCGCAUGCCUGCCAGCAUCUCGCUUCCCCGAUCCUCCUGCCGCUUUUGAGUCGACUCAAAUCCUCCCUCCCUCCCCUCUCCCUCCCUUCCUCCCACAGGACGCAUUAGCCAAGGCAUUCGCUUGCCUGCCAGCAUCUCGCUUCCCCGAUCCUCCUGCCGCUUUUGAGUCGACUCAAAUCCUCCCUCCCUCCCCUCUCCCUCCCUUCCUCCCACAGGACGCAUUAGCCAAGGCAUUCGCUUGCCUGCCAGCAUCUCGCUUCCCCGAUCCUCCUGCCGCUUUUGAGUCGACUCAAAUCCUCCCUCCCUCCCCUCUCCCUCCCUUCCUCCCACAGGACGCGGUAGCCAAGGCAUUCGCUUGCCUGCCAGCAUCUCGCUUCCCCGAUCCUCCUGCCGCUUUUGAGUCGACUCAAAUCCUCCCUCCCUCCCCUCUCCCUCCCUUCCUCCCACAGGACGCAUUAGCCAAGGCAUUCGCUUGCCUGCCAGCAUCUCGCUUCCCCGAUCCUCCUGCCGCUUUUGAGUCGACUCAAAUCCUCCCUCCCUCCCCUCUCCCUCCCUUCCUCCCACAGGACGCAUUAGCCAAGGCAUUCGCUUGCCUGCCAGCAUCUCGCUUCCCCGAUCCUCCUGCCGCUUUUGAGUCGACUCAAAACCUCCCUCCCUCCCCUCUCCCUCCCUUCCUCCCACAGGACGCGGUAGCCAAGGCAUUCGCUUGCCUGCCAGCAUCUCGCUUCCCCGAUCCUCCUGCCGCUUUUGAGUCGACUCAAAUCCUCCCUCCCUCCCCUCUCCCUCCCUUCCUCCCACAGGACGCAUUAGCCAAGGCAUUCGCUUGCCUGCCAGCAUCUCGCUUCCCCGAUCCUCCUGCCGCUUUUGAGUCGACUCAAAUCCUCCCUCCCUCCCCUCUCCCUCCCUUCCUCCCACAGGACGCGGUAGCCAAGGCAUUCGCUUGCCUGCCAGCAUCUCGCUUCCCCGAUCCUCCUGCCGCUUUUGAGUCGACUCAAAUCCUCCCUCCCUCCCCUCUCCCUCCCUUCCUCCCACAGGACGCAUUAGCCAAGGCAUUCGCUUGCCUGCCAGCAUCUCGCUUCCCCGAUCCUCCUGCCGCUUUUGAGUCGACUCAAAUCCUCCCUCCCUCCCCUCUCCCUCCCUUCCUCCCACAGGACGCAUUAGCCAAGGCAUUCGCUUGCCUGCCAGCAUCUCGCUUCCCCGAUCCUCCUGCCGCUUUUGAGUCGACUCAAAUCCUCCCUCCCUCCCCUCUCCCUCCCUUCCUCCCACAGGACGCAUUAGCCAAGGCAUUCGCUUGCCUGCCAGCAUCUCGCUUCCCCGAUCCUCCUGCCGCUUUUGAGUCGACUCAAAUCCUCCCUCCCUCCCCUCUCCCUCCCUUCCUCCCACAGGACGCAUUAGCCAAGGCAUUCGCUUGCCUGCCAGCAUCUCGCUUCCCCGAUCCUCCUGCCGCUUUUGAGUCGACUCAAAUCCUCCCUCCCUCCCCUCUCCCUCCCUUCCUCCCACAGGACGCGCCAAGGCAUUCGCUUGCCUGCCAGCAUCUCGCUUGCCUGCCAGCAUCUCGCUUCCCCGAUCCUCCUGCCGCUUUUGAGUCGACUCAAAUCCUCCCUCCCUCCCCUCUCCCUCCCUUCCUCCCACAGGACGCAUUAGCCAAGGCAUUCGCUUGCCUGCCAGCAUCUCGCUUCCCCGAUCCUCCUGCCGCUUUUGAGUCGACUCAAAUCCUCCCUCCCUCCCCUCUCCCUCCCUUCCUCCCACAGGACGCAUUAGCCAAGGCAUUCGCUUGCCUGCCAGCAUCUCGCUUCCCCGAUCCUCCUGCCGCUUUUGAGUCGACUCAAAUCCUCCCUCCCUCCCCUCUCCCUCCCUUCCUCCCACAGGACGCAUUAGCCAAGGCAUUCGCUUGCCUGCCAGCAUCUCGCUUCCCCGAUCCUCCUGCCGCUUUUGAGUCGACUCAAAUCCUCCCUCCCUCCCCUCUCCCUCCCUUCGUCCCACAGGACGCAUUAGCCAAGGCAUUCGCUUGCCUGCCAGCAUCUCGCUUCCCCGAUCCUCCUGCCGCUUUUGAGUCGACUCAAAUCCUCCCUCCCUCCCCUCUCCCUCCCUUCCUCCCACAGGACGCAUUAGCCAAGGCAUUCGCAUGCCUGCCAGCAUCUCGCUUCCCCGAUCCUCCUGCCGCUUUUGAGUCGACUCAAAUCCUCCCUCCCUCCCCUCUCCCUCCCUUCCUCCCACAGGACGCAUUAGCCAAGGCAUUCGCUUGCCUGCCAGCAUCUCGCUUCCCCGAUCCUCCUGCCGCUUUUGAGUCGACUCAAAUCCUCCCUCCCUCCCCUCUCCCUCCCUUCCUCCCACAGGACGCAUUAGCCAAGGCAUUCGCUUGCCUGCCAGCAUCUCGCUUCCCCGAUCCUCCUGCCGCUUUUGAGUCGACUCAAAUCCUCCCUCCCUCCCCUCUCCCUCCCUUCCUCCCACAGGACGCAUUAGCCAAGGCAUUCGCAUGCCUGCCAGCAUCUCGCUUCCCCGAUCCUCCUGCCGCUUUUGAGUCGACUCAAAUCCUCCCUCCCUCCCCUCUCCCUCCCUUCCUCCCACAGGACGCAUUAGCCAAGGCAUUCGCUUGCCUGCCAGCAUCUCGCUUCCCCGAUCCUCCUGCCGCUUUUGAGUCGACUCAAAUCCUCCCUCCCUCCCCUCUCCCUCCCUUCCUCCCACAGGACGCAUUAGCCAAGGCAUUCGCUUGCCUGCCAGCAUCUCGCUUCCCCGAUCCUCCUGCCGCUUUUGAGUCGACUCAAAUCCUCCCUCCCUCCCCUCUCCCUCCCUUCCUCCCACAGGACGCGGUAGCCAAGGCAUUCGCUUGCCUGCCAGCAUCUCGCUUCCCCGAUCCUCCUGCCGCUUUUGAGUCGACUCAAAUCCUCCCUCCCUCCCCUCUCCCUCCCUUCCUCCCACAGGACGCAUUAGCCAAGGCAUUCGCUUGCCUGCCAGCAUCUCGCUUCCCCGAUCCUCCUGCCGCUUUUGAGUCGACUCAAAUCCUCCCUCCCUCCCCUCUCCCUCCCUUCCUCCCACAGGACGCAUUAGCCAAGGCAUUCGCUUGCCUGCCAGCAUCUCGCUUCCCCGAUCCUCCUGCCGCUUUUGAGUCGACUCAAAAUCCUCCCUCCCUCCCCUCUCCCUCCCUUCCUCCCACAGGACGCGCCAAGGCAUUCGCUUGCCUGCCAGCAUCUCGCUUCCCCGAUCCUCCUGCCGCUUUUGAGUCGACUCAAAUCCUCCCUCCCUCCCCUCUCCCUCCCUUCCUCCCACAGGACGCAUUAGCCAAGGCAUUCGCAUGCCUGCCAGCAUCUCGCUUCCCCGAUCCUCCUGCCGCUUUUGAGUCGACUCAAAUCCUCCCUCCCUCCCCUCUCCCUCCCUUCCUCCCACAGGACGCAUUAGCCAAGGCAUUCGCUUGCCUGCCAGCAUCUCGCUUCCCCGAUCCUCCUGCCGCUUUUGAGUCGACUCAAAUCCUCCCUCCCUCCCCUCUCCCUCCCUUCCUCCCACAGGACGCGGUAGCCAAGGCAUUCGCUUGCCUGCCAGCAUCUCGCUUCCCCGAUCCUCCUGCCGCUUUUGAGUCGACUCAAAUCCUCCCUCCCUCCCCUCUCCCUCCCUUCCUCCCACAGGACGCGGUAGCCAAGGCAUUCGCUUGCCUGCCAGCAUCUCGCUUCCCCGAUCCUCCUGCCGCUUUUGAGUCGACUCAAAUCCUCCCUCCCUCCCCUCUCCCUCCCUUCCUCCCACAGGACGCAUUAGCCAAGGCAUUCGCUUGCCUGCCAGCAUCUCGCUUCCCCGAUCCUCCUGCCGCUUUUGAGUCGACUCAAAUCCUCCCUCCCUCCCCUCUCCCUCCCUUCCUCCCACAGGACGCAUUAGCCAAGGCAUUCGCUUGCCUGCCAGCAUCUCGCUUCCCCGAUCCUCCUGCCGCUUUUGAGUCGACUCAAAUCCUCCCUCCCUCCCCUCUCCCUCCCUUCCUCCCACAGGACGCAUUAGCCAAGGCAUUCGCUUGCCUGCCAGCAUCUCGCUUCCCCGAUCCUCCUGCCGCUUUUGAGUCGACUCAAAUCCUCCCUCCCUCCCCUCUCCCUCCCUUCCUCCCACAGGACGCAUUAGCCAAGGCAUUCGCUUGCCUGCCAGCAUCUCGCUUCCCCGAUCCUCCUGCCGCUUUUGAGUCGACUCAAAUCCUCCCUCCCUCCCCUCUCCCUCCCUUCCUCCCACAGGACGCAUUAGCCAAGGCAUUCGCAUGCCUGCCAGCAUCUCGCUUCCCCGAUCCUCCUGCCGCUUUUGAGUCGACUCAAAUCCUCCCUCCCUCCCCUCUCCCUCCCUUCCUCCCACAGGACGCAUUAGCCAAGGCAUUCGCUUGCCUGCCAGCAUCUCGCUUCCCCGAUCCUCCUGCCGCUUUUGAGUCGACUCAAAUCCUCCCUCCCUCCCCUCUCCCUCCCUUCCUCCCACAGGACGCAUUAGCCAAGGCAUUCGCAUGCCUGCCAGCAUCUCGCUUCCCCGAUCCUCCUGCCGCUUUUGAGUCGACUCAAAUCCUCCCUCCCUCCCCUCUCCCUCCCUUCCUCCCACAGGACGCAUUAGCCAAGGCAUUCGCUUGCCUGCCAGCAUCUCGCUUCCCCGAUCCUCCUGCCGCUUUUGAGUCGACUCAAAUCCUCCCUCCCUCCCCUCUCCCUCCCUUCCUCCCACAGGACGCAUUAGCCAAGGCAUUCGCUUGCCUGCCAGCAUCUCGCUUCCCCGAUCCUCCUGCCGCUUUUGAGUCGACUCAAAUCCUCCCUCCCUCCCCUCUCCCUCCCUUCCUCCCACAGGACGCAUUAGCCAAGGCAUUCGCUUGCCUGCCAGCAUCUCGCUUCCCCGAUCCUCCUGCCGCUUUUGAGUCGACUCAAAUCCUCCCUCCCUCCCCUCUCCCUCCCUUCCUCCCACAGGACGCAUUAGCCAAGGCAUUCGCAUGCCUGCCAGCAUCUCGCUUCCCCGAUCCUCCUGCCGCUUUUGAGUCGACUCAAAUCCUCCCUCCCUCCCCUCUCCCUCCCUUCCUCCCACAGGACGCAUUAGCCAAGGCAUUCGCUUGCCUGCCAGCAUCUCGCUUCCCCGAUCCUCCUGCCGCUUUUGAGUCGACUCAAAUCCUCCCUCCCUCCCCUCUCCCUCCCUUCCUCCCACAGGACGCAUUAGCCAAGGCAUUCGCUUGCCUGCCAGCAUCUCGCUUCCCCGAUCCUCCUGCCGCUUUUGAGUCGACUCAAAUCCUCCCUCCCUCCCCUCUCCCUCCCUUCCUCCCACAGGACGCAUUAGCCAAGGCAUUCGCUUGCCUGCCAGCAUCUCGCUUCCCCGAUCCUCCUGCCGCUUUUGAGUCGACUCAAAUCCUCCCUCCCUCCCCUCUCCCUCCCUUCCUCCCACAGGACGCAUUAGCCAAGGCAUUCGCUUGCCUGCCAGCAUCUCGCUUCCCCGAUCCUCCUGCCGCUUUUGAGUCGACUCAAAACCUCCCUCCCUCCCCUCUCCCUCCCUUCCUCCCACAGGACGCGGUAGCCAAGGCAUUCGCUUGCCUGCCAGCAUCUCGCUUCCCCGAUCCUCCUGCCGCUUUUGAGUCGACUCAAAUCCUCCCUCCCUCCCCUCUCCCUCCCUUCCUCCCACAGGACGCAUUAGCCAAGGCAUUCGCUUGCCUGCCAGCAUCUCGCUUCCCCGAUCCUCCUGCCGCUUUUGAGUCGACUCAAAUCCUCCCUCCCUCCCCUCUCCCUCCCUUCCUCCCACAGGACGCGGUAGCCAAGGCAUUCGCUUGCCUGCCAGCAUCUCGCUUCCCCGAUCCUCCUGCCGCUUUUGAGUCGACUCAAAUCCUCCCUCCCUCCCCUCUCCCUCCCUUCCUCCCACAGGACGCAUUAGCCAAGGCAUUCGCUUGCCUGCCAGCAUCUCGCUUCCCCGAUCCUCCUGCCGCUUUUGAGUCGACUCAAAUCCUCCCUCCCUCCCCUCUCCCUCCCUUCCUCCCACAGGACGCAUUAGCCAAGGCAUUCGCUUGCCUGCCAGCAUCUCGCUUCCCCGAUCCUCCUGCCGCUUUUGAGUCGACUCAAAUCCUCCCUCCCUCCCCUCUCCCUCCCUUCCUCCCACAGGACGCAUUAGCCAAGGCAUUCGCUUGCCUGCCAGCAUCUCGCUUCCCCGAUCCUCCUGCCGCUUUUGAGUCGACUCAAAUCCUCCCUCCCUCCCCUCUCCCUCCCUUCCUCCCACAGGACGCAUUAGCCAAGGCAUUCGCUUGCCUGCCAGCAUCUCGCUUCCCCGAUCCUCCUGCCGCUUUUGAGUCGACUCAAAUCCUCCCUCCCUCCCCUCUCCCUCCCUUCCUCCCACAGGACGCAUUAGCCAAGGCAUUCGCAUGCCUGCCAGCAUCUCGCUUCCCCGAUCCUCCUGCCGCUUUUGAGUCGACUCAAAUCCUCCCUCCCUCCCCUCUCCCUCCCUUCCUCCCACAGGACGCAUUAGCCAAGGCAUUCGCUUGCCUGCCAGCAUCUCGCUUCCCCGAUCCUCCUGCCGCUUUUGAGUCGACUCAAAUCCUCCCUCCCUCCCCUCUCCCUCCCUUCCUCCCACAGGACGCAUUAGCCAAGGCAUUCGCUUGCCUGCCAGCAUCUCGCUUCCCCGAUCCUCCUGCCGCUUUUGAGUCGACUCAAAUCCUCCCUCCCUCCCCUCUCCCUCCCUUCCUCCCACAGGACGCGGUAGCCAAGGCAUUCGCUUGCCUGCCAGCAUCUCGCUUCCCCGAUCCUCCUGCCGCUUUUGAGUCGACUCAAAUCCUCCCUCCCUCCCCUCUCCCUCCCUUCCUCCCACAGGACGCAUUAGCCAAGGCAUUCGCUUGCCUGCCAGCAUCUCGCUUCCCCGAUCCUCCUGCCGCUUUUGAGUCGACUCAAAUCCUCCCUCCCUCCCCUCUCCCUCCCUUCCUCCCACAGGACGCAUUAGCCAAGGCAUUCGCUUGCCUGCCAGCAUCUCGCUUCCCCGAUCCUCCUGCCGCUUUUGAGUCGACUCAAAACCUCACUCCCUCCCCUCUCCCUCCCUUCCUCCCACAGGACGCGGUAGCCAAGGCAUUCGCUUGCCUGCCAGCAUCUCGCUUCCCCGAUCUUCCUGCCGCUUUUGAGUCGACUCAAAUCCUCCCUCCCUCCCCUCUCCCUCCCUUCCUCCCACAGGACGCAUUAGCCAAGGCAUUCGCUUGCCUGCCAGCAUCUCGCUUCCCCGAUCCUCCUGCCGCUUUUGAGUCGACUCAAAUCCUCCCUCCCUCCCCUCUCCCUCCCUUCCUCCCACAGGACGCAUUAGCCAAGGCAUUCGCUUGCCUGCCAGCAUCUCGCUUCCCCGAUCCUCCUGCCGCUUUUGAGUCGACUCAAAUCCUCCCUCCCUCCCCUCUCCCUCCCUUCCUCCCACAGGACGCAUUAGCCAAGGCAUUCGCAUGCCUGCCAGCAUCUCGCUUCCCCGAUCCUCCUGCCGCUUUUGAGUCGACUCAAAUCCUCCCUCCCUCCCCUCUCCCUCCCUUCCUCCCACAGGACGCAUUAGCCAAGGCAUUCGCUUGCCUGCCAGCAUCUCGCUUCCCCGAUCCUCCUGCCGCUUUUGAGUCGACUCAAAUCCUCCCUCCCUCCCCUCUCCCUCCCUUCCUCCCACAGGACGCAUUAGCCAAGGCAUUCGCUUGCCUGCCAGCAUCUCGCUUCCCCGAUCCUCCUGCCGCUUUUGAGUCGACUCAAAUCCUCCCUCCCUCCCCUCUCCCUCCCUUCCUCCCACAGGACGCAUUAGCCAAGGCAUUCGCUUGCCUGCCAGCAUCUCGCUUCCCCGAUCCUCCUGCCGCUUUUGAGUCGACUCAAAUCCUCCCUCCCUCCCCUCUCCCUCCCUUCCUCCCACAGGACGCAUUAGCCAAGGCAUUCGCUUGCCUGCCAGCAUCUCGCUUCCCCGAUCCUCCUGCCGCUUUUGAGUCGACUCAAAUCCUCCCUCCCUCCCCUCUCCCUCCCUUCCUCCCACAGGACGCAUUAGCCAAGGCAUUCGCUUGCCUGCCAGCAUCUCGCUUCCCCGAUCCUCCUGCCGCUUUUGAGUCGACUCAAAUCCUCCCUCCCUCCCCUCUCCCUCCCUUCCUCCCACAGGACGCAUUAGCCAAGGCAUUCGCUUGCCUGCCAGCAUCUCGCUUCCCCGAUCCUCCUGCCGCUUUUGAGUCGACUCAAAUCCUCCCUCCCUCCCCUCUCCCUCCCUUCCUCCCACAGGACGCAUUAGCCAAGGCAUUCGCUUGCCUGCCAGCAUCUCGCUUCCCCGAUCCUCCUGCCGCUUUUGAGUCGACUCAAAACCUCCCUCCCUCCCCUCUCCCUCCCUUCCUCCCACAGGACGCGGUAGCCAAGGCAUUCGCUUGCCUGCCAGCAUCUCGCUUCCCCGAUCCUCCUGCCGCUUUUGAGUCGACUCAAAUCCUCCCUCCCUCCCCUCUCCCUCCCUUCCUCCCACAGGACGCAUUAGCCAAGGCAUUCGCUUGCCUGCCAGCAUCUCGCUUCCCCGAUCCUCCUGCCGCUUUUGAGUCGACUCAAAUCCUCCCUCCCUCCCCUCUCCCUCCCUUCCUCCCACAGGACGCGGUAGCCAAGGCAUUCGCUUGCCUGCCAGCAUCUCGCUUCCCCGAUCCUCCUGCCGCUUUUGAGUCGACUCAAAUCCUCCCUCCCUCCCCUCUCCCUCCCUUCCUCCCACAGGACGCAUUAGCCAAGGCAUUCGCUUGCCUGCCAGCAUCUCGCUUCCCCGAUCCUCCUGCCGCUUUUGAGUCGACUCAAAUCCUCCCUCCCUCCCCUCUCCCUCCCUUCCUCCCACAGGACGCAUUAGCCAAGGCAUUCGCUUGCCUGCCAGCAUCUCGCUUCCCCGAUCCUCCUGCCGCUUUUGAGUCGACUCAAAUCCUCCCUCCCUCCCCUCUCCCUCCCUUCCUCCCACAGGACGCAUUAGCCAAGGCAUUCGCUUGCCUGCCAGCAUCUCGCUUCCCCGAUCCUCCUGCCGCUUUUGAGUCGACUCAAAUCCUCCCUCCCUCCCCUCUCCCUCCCUUCCUCCCACAGGACGCAUUAGCCAAGGCAUUCGCUUGCCUGCCAGCAUCUCGCUUCCCCGAUCCUCCUGCCGCUUUUGAGUCGACUCAAAUCCUCCCUCCCUCCCCUCUCCCUCCCUUCCUCCCACAGGACGCAUUAGCCAAGGCAUUCGCAUGCCUGCCAGCAUCUCGCUUCCCCGAUCCUCCUGCCGCUUUUGAGUCGACUCAAAUCCUCCCUCCCUCCCCUCUCCCUCCCUUCCUCCCACAGGACGCAUUAGCCAAGGCAUUCGCUUGCCUGCCAGCAUCUCGCUUCCCCGAUCCUCCUGCCGCUUUUGAGUCGACUCAAAUCCUCCCUCCCUCCCCUCUCCCUCCCUUCCUCCCACAGGACGCAUUAGCCAAGGCAUUCGCUUGCCUGCCAGCAUCUCGCUUCCCCGAUCCUCCUGCCGCUUUUGAGUCGACUCAAAUCCUCCCUCCCUCCCCUCUCCCUCCCUUCCUCCCACAGGACGCGGUAGCCAAGGCAUUCGCUUGCCUGCCAGCAUCUCGCUUCCCCGAUCCUCCUGCCGCUUUUGAGUCGACUCAAAUCCUCCCUCCCUCCCCUCUCCCUCCCUUCCUCCCACAGGACGCAUUAGCCAAGGCAUUCGCUUGCCUGCCAGCAUCUCGCUUCCCCGAUCCUCCUGCCGCUUUUGAGUCGACUCAAAUCCUCCCUCCCUCCCCUCUCCCUCCCUUCCUCCCACAGGACGCAUUAGCCAAGGCAUUCGCUUGCCUGCCAGCAUCUCGCUUCCCCGAUCCUCCUGCCGCUUUUGAGUCGACUCAAAACCUCACUCCCUCCCCUCUCCCUCCCUUCCUCCCACAGGACGCGGUAGCCAAGGCAUUCGCUUGCCUGCCAGCAUCUCGCUUCCCCGAUCUUCCUGCCGCUUUUGAGUCGACUCAAAUCCUCCCUCCCUCCCCUCUCCCUCCCUUCCUCCCACAGGACGCAUUAGCCAAGGCAUUCGCUUGCCUGCCAGCAUCUCGCUUCCCCGAUCCUCCUGCCGCUUUUGAGUCGACUCAAAUCCUCCCUCCCUCCCCUCUCCCUCCCUUCCUCCCACAGGACGCAUUAGCCAAGGCAUUCGCUUGCCUGCCAGCAUCUCGCUUCCCCGAUCCUCCUGCCGCUUUUGAGUCGACUCAAAUCCUCCCUCCCUCCCCUCUCCCUCCCUUCCUCCCACAGGACGCAUUAGCCAAGGCAUUCGCAUGCCUGCCAGCAUCUCGCUUCCCCGAUCCUCCUGCCGCUUUUGAGUCGACUCAAAUCCUCCCUCCCUCCCCUCUCCCUCCCUUCCUCCCACAGGACGCAUUAGCCAAGGCAUUCGCUUGCCUGCCAGCAUCUCGCUUCCCCGAUCCUCCUGCCGCUUUUGAGUCGACUCAAAUCCUCCCUCCCUCCCCUCUCCCUCCCUUCCUCCCACAGGACGCAUUAGCCAAGGCAUUCGCUUGCCUGCCAGCAUCUCGCUUCCCCGAUCCUCCUGCCGCUUUUGAGUCGACUCAAAUCCUCCCUCCCUCCCCUCUCCCUCCCUUCCUCCCACAGGACGCAUUAGCCAAGGCAUUCGCAUGCCUGCCAGCAUCUCGCUUCCCCGAUCCUCCUGCCGCUUUUGAGUCGACUCAAAUCCUCCCUCCCUCCCCUCUCCCUCCCUUCCUCCCACAGGACGCAUUAGCCAAGGCAUUCGCUUGCCUGCCAGCAUCUCGCUUCCCCGAUCCUCCUGCCGCUUUUGAGUCGACUCAAAUCCUCCCUCCCUCCCCUCUCCCUCCCUUCCUCCCACAGGACGCACUAGCCAAGGCAUUCGCAUGCCUGCCAGCAUCUCGCUUCCCCGAUCCUCCUGCCGCUUUUGAGUCGACUCAAAUCCUCCCUCCCUCCCCUCUCCCUCCCUUCCUCCCACAGGACGCUUUAGCCAAGGCAUUCGCUUGCCUGCCAGCAUCUCGCUUCCCCGAUCCUCCUGCCGCUUUUGAGUCGACUCAAAUCCUCCCUCCCUCCCCUCUCCCUCCCUUCCUCCCACAGGACGCAUUAGCCAAGGCAUUCGCUUGCCUGCCAGCAUCUCGCUUCCCCGAUCCUCCUGCCGCUUUUGAGUCGACUCAAAUCCUCCCUCCCUCCCCUCUCCCUCCCUUCCUCCCACAGGACGCAUUAGCCAAGGCAUUCGCAUGCCUGCCAGCAUCUCGCUUCCCCGAUCCUCCUGCCGCUUUUGAGUCGACUCAAAUCCUCCCUCCCUCCCCUCUCCCUCCCUUCCUCCCACAGGACGCAUUAGCCAAGGCAUUCGCUUGCCUGCCAGCAUCUCGCUUCCCCGAUCCUCCUGCCGCUUUUGAGUCGACUCAAAUCCUCCCUCCCUCCCCUCUCCCUCCCUUCCUCCCACAGGACGCGGUAGCCAAGGCAUUCGCUUGCCUGCCAGCAUCUCGCUUCCCCGAUCCUCCUGCCGCUUUUGAGUCGACUCAAAUCCUCCCUCCCUCCCCUCUCCCUCCCUUCCUCCCACAGGACGCGGUAGCCAAGGCAUUCGCUUGCCUGCCAGCAUCUCGCUUCCCCGAUCCUCCUGCCGCUUUUGAGUCGACUCAAAUCCUCCCUCCCUCCCCUCUCCCUCCCUUCCUCCCACAGGACGCAUUAGCCAAGGCAUUCGCUUGCCUGCCAGCAUCUCGCUUCCCCGAUCCUCCUGCCGCUUUUGAGUCGACUCAAAUCCUCCCUCCCUCCCCUCUCCCUCCCUUCCUCCCACAGGACGCAUUAGCCAAGGCAUUCGCUUGCCUGCCAGCAUCUCGCUUCCCCGAUCCUCCUGCCGCUUUUGAGUCGACUCAAAUCCUCCCUCCCUCCCCUCUCCCUCCCUUCCUCCCACAGGACGCAUUAGCCAAGGCAUUCGCUUGCCUGCCAGCAUCUCGCUUCCCCGAUCCUCCUGCCGCUUUUGAGUCGACUCAAAACCUCACUCCCUCCCCUCUCCCUCCCUUCCUCCCACAGGACGCGGUAGCCAAGGCAUUCGCUUGCCUGCCAGCAUCUCGCUUCCCCGAUCCUCCUGCCGCUUUUGAGUCGACUCAAAUCCUCCCUCCCUCCCCUCUCCCUCCCUUCCUCCCACAGGACGCAUUAGCCAAGGCAUUCGCUUGCCUGCCAGCAUCUCGCUUCCCCGAUCCUCCUGCCGCUUUUGAGUCGACUCAAAUCCUCCCUCCCUCCCCUCUCCCUCCCUUCCUCCCACAGGACGCAUUAGCCAAGGCAUUCGCUUGCCUGCCAGCAUCUCGCUUCCCCGAUCCUCCUGCCGCUUUUGAGUCGACUCAAAUCCUCCCUCCCUCCCCUCUCCCUCCCUUCCUCCCACAGGACGCAUUAGCCAAGGCAUUCGCAUGCCUGCCAGCAUCUCGCUUCCCCGAUCCUCCUGCCGCUUUUGAGUCGACUCAAAUCCUCCCUCCCUCCCCUCUCCCUCCCUUCCUCCCACAGGACGCAUUAGCCAAGGCAUUCGCUUGCCUGCCAGCAUCUCGCUUCCCCGAUCCUCCUGCCGCUUUUGAGUCGACUCAAAUCCUCCCUCCCUCCCCUCUCCCUCCCUUCCUCCCACAGGACGCAUUAGCCAAGGCAUUCGCUUGCCUGCCAGCAUCUCGCUUCCCCGAUCCUCCUGCCGCUUUUGAGUCGACUCAAAUCCUCCCUCCCUCCCCUCUCCCUCCCUUCCUCCCACAGGACGCAUUAGCCAAGGCAUUCGCAUGCCUGCCAGCAUCUCGCUUCCCCGAUCCUCCUGCCGCUUUUGAGUCGACUCAAAUCCUCCCUCCCUCCCCUCUCCCUCCCUUCCUCCCACAGGACGCAUUAGCCAAGGCAUUCGCUUGCCUGCCAGCAUCUCGCUUCCCCGAUCCUCCUGCCGCUUUUGAGUCGACUCAAAUCCUCCCUCCCUCCCCUCUCCCUCCCUUCCUCCCACAGGACGCAUUAGCCAAGGCAUUCGCUUGCCUGCCAGCAUCUCGCUUCCCCGAUCCUCCUGCCGCUUUUGAGUCGACUCAAAUCCUCCCUCCCUCCCCUCUCCCUCCCUUCCUCCCACAGGACGCGGUAGCCAAGGCAUUCGCUUGCCUGCCAGCAUCUCGCUUCCCCGAUCCUCCUGCCGCUUUUGAGUCGACUCAAAUCCUCCCUCCCUCCCCUCUCCCUCCCUUCCUCCCACAGGACGCAUUAGCCAAGGCAUUCGCUUGCCUGCCAGCAUCUCGCUUCCCCGAUCCUCCUGCCGCUUUUGAGUCGACUCAAAUCCUCCCUCCCUCCCCUCUCCCUCCCUUCCUCCCACAGGACGCAUUAGCCAAGGCAUUCGCUUGCCUGCCAGCAUCUCGCUUCCCCGAUCCUCCUGCCGCUUUUGAGUCGACUCAAAUCCUCCCUCCCUCCCCUCUCCCUCCCUUCCUCCCACAGGACGCAUUAGCCAAGGCAUUCGCUUGCCUGCCAGCAUCUCGCUUCCCCGAUCCUCCUGCCGCUUUUGAGUCGACUCAAAUCCUCCCUCCCUCCCCUCUCCCUCCCUUCCUCCCACAGGACGCAUUAGCCAAGGCAUUCGCUUGCCUGCCAGCAUCUCGCUUCCCCGAUCCUCCUGCCGCUUUUGAGUCGACUCAAAUCCUCCCUCCCUCCCCUCUCCCUCCCUUCCUCCCACAGGACGCAUUAGCCAAGGCAUUCGCUUGCCUGCCAGCAUCUCGCUUCCCCGAUCCUCCUGCCGCUUUUGAGUCGACUCAAAUCCUCCCUCCCUCCCCUCUCCCUCCCUUCCUCCCACAGGACGCAUUAGCCAAGGCAUUCGCUUGCCUGCCAGCAUCUCGCUUCCCCGAUCCUCCUGCCGCUUUUGAGUCGACUCAAAUCCUCCCUCCCUCCCCUCUCCCUCCCUUCCUCCCACAGGACGCAUUAGCCAAGGCAUUCGCUUGCCUGCCAGCAUCUCGCUUCCCCGAUCCUCCUGCCGCUUUUGAGUCGACUCAAAUCCUCCCUCCCUCCCCUCUCCCUCCCUUCCUCCCACAGGACGCAUUAGCCAAGGCAUUCGCUUGCCUGCCAGCAUCUCGCUUCCCCGAUCCUCCUGCCGCUUUUGAGUCGACUCAAAUCCUCCCUCCCUCCCCUCUCCCUCCCUUCCUCCCACAGGACGCAUUAGCCAAGGCAUUCGCUUGCCUGCCAGCAUCUCGCUUCCCCGAUCCUCCUGCCGCUUUUGAGUCGACUCAAAUCCUCCCUCCCUCCCCUCUCCCUCCCUUCCUCCCACAGGACGCAUUAGCCAAGGCAUUCGCUUGCCUGCCAGCAUCUCGCUUCCCCGAUCCUCCUGCCGCUUUUGAGUCGACUCAAAUCCUCCCUCCCUCCCCUCUCCCUCCCUUCCUCCCACAGGACGCAUUAGCCAAGGCAUUCGCUUGCCUGCCAGCAUCUCGCUUCCCCGAUCCUCCUGCCGCUUUUGAGUCGACACAAAUCCUCCCUCCCUCCCCUCUCCCUCCCUUCCUCCCACAGGACGCAUUAGCCAAGGCAUUCGCUUGCCUGCCAGCAUCUCGCUUCCCCGAUCCUCCUGCCGCUUUUGAGUCGACUCAAAUCCUCCCUCCCUCCCCUCUCCCUCCCUUCCUCCCACAGGACUCAUUAGCCAAGGCAUUCGCUUGCCUGCCAGCAUCUCGCUUCCCCGAUCCUCCUGCCGCUUUUGAGUCGACUCAAAUCCUCCCUCCCUCCCCUCUCCCUCCCUUCCUCCCACAGGACUCAUUAGCCAAGGCAUUCGCUUGCCUGCCAGCAUCUCGCUUCCCCGAUCCUCCUGCCACUUUUGAGUCGACUCAAAUCCUCCCUCUCUCCCCUCUCCCUCCCUUCCUCCCACAGGACGCAUUAGCCAAGGCAUUCGCUUGCCUGCCAGCAUCUCGCUUCCCCGAUCCUCCUGCCGCUUUUGAGUCGACUCAAAACCUCACUCCCUCCCCUCUCCCUCCCUUCCUCCCACAGGACGCAUUAGCCAAGGCAUUCGCUUGCCUGCCAGCAUCUCGCUUCCCCGAUCCUCCUGCCGCUUUUGAGUCGACUCAAAACCUCACUCCCUCCCCUCUCCCUCCCUUCCUCCCACAGGACGCAUUAGCCAAGGCAUUCGCUUGCCUGCCAGCAUCUCGCUUCCCUGAUCCUCCUGCCGCCAUCCAUCAAGCUGUGAAGGCAGCCAUCCAAUCACAUCUUGACACGUGGCACAUGGAGAGGACGGGGAAGGCAUGUGGGGCAGGCGACCUGGUGCAUCUGAUGCACGUGGACAUCAAGUCCCGCUGUCUGCUCCCAUCCAGCCGUGACCCCACCGAUUCGGCCUGUCAGGGAGCCUGUGUGCACGUGGUACUUGCACGACCUGCCCUGAGAGGGCUGGCUCGCAGGGGCGUAGGGCGGGAGGGGAGGGGUGCUGGGCGAGGGGAGGAGGCAGCGGAGGAGGGAGGAGAGGAGGAGGAAAGAUGGGGGGCGCUGUUUGAUUUGGAGGCGUUGAGAGAGGUGAUUGUGCCGAGUGUGCUCAGCACAAUGGUUGCAGGCAGCACGGGCAUCCAAGCAGCCCGCAUACAAUGGCAGGAUGGGGAUGAAAGCAACAGCAGCAACAGUAGUGAUGGACAUCUCGCCCUCUCCGUUUCUCUCUCCUCCUCGCGUGCUGUGUGGCCGGGCAUCGCUGCUGCCUGUGCGGCUGCUGACUGCAGUGACGGCAUCGACUGGACCAAGAGCCGCCCAGAGGGAUUGCAGCAAAUCGCGGAUUCCCUUGGCAUCGAAGCUGCUCGCUCCGUGCUGUUUCACCGUCUGUGUGAGCUGAUGAGGGAAGCCGGGGCAAAGGUGUCUCUGCGUCAUCUUGCGCUGGUGGUGGACUGGAUGACCGUCACAGGCGCCCUCCAGGGCGUGUCCUUUGCUGCCCUCGCCUCCCACCCCGCCUACUCGCCCUUCCUCCGCGCAUGUGUCAAGGACCCCGUGCGCACAUUCACGUCAGCAGCCAUCCAGCACGCGUCUGACAGCCUGGCGAGCGUUGUUGCCAGCGUGGCGCCGGCAAGCCCAUGCCAGCUGGCACCGCCGCCCC